AUGAGAAGAGCAUAUCCAACAUUAGAGCUUGAAACUUGGGAUGAUGAGGAGGAAGAUCGACUGGAACAUGUGGGUCUUGUGAAGGGUAGGGGCAAGGGAGCGCCGAAGAAAAAGAAGGGAGGACCAGAAGAAUCGAAGAAAACGAAGAAGAAGCAACCAGCCGUGGCCUCGGUUCCGAAAGAUAUCAAGUUCUGA